ACUACUACGUGAAAAAAAACAGCACACAUAUUCUCUCAUCAAAAAAGCUAAUAUUAUCAAACGCGUUUAUGGCUUUGCUCUAGUUGUCCUGUGUCGGGUGCCGUGUGAGUUUAUUCCAAUCGAUUGUUUUGUCCUUUCCCAGCACCCGUUUGCCACUGACUAACCAGUGACGCCGCCGCCGCCAGUUCGGCUAUUUUAGGCGAAUAAGCAACCAUGUCAACAAGAGGAAUCAUAUAGCCUAGUCAUACCUGCUGCCGCGCUCAUAUACAGAGUAACGAGUGUACAAUGACAGCAUUAGAACGUGCAAGACACACGUCUCUUGCCUGAUUAACAUUACGAGAAAUCUCUGUAACGUUAUCGGGAUUGCCAAGGGCUCCGUGGAGAGGCGGCGAAUGGCUAACUAGCUAACGAAAGCAGACGCCAGCUAAUUAAAUGCAACUUUAACAUUGACAGUAAGACCCUCCUUGUGAGUGAAAUCGAUCAGUCUCGUUCUUAUCUAGUGGCUAUUAAAUAGGAGACCGCCUUCAUAAUAGUUGACCCAACACAUCUUGAAUUGAGACACGCGCGAGAGUCAGUAGCUGGGAUGUGCAAUGGCAUCGGUCCGGGUGGCUGUGCGGGUCAGGCCCAUGAACAGACGGGAGAAGGAGUUGUCUGCCAAAUGUAUCAUAGAAAUGGAUGGGAACAAGACUACCAUCACCAACAUGAAGAUGUCAGAUGGAGUGACAGGCGACUCCUUGCGGGAGAGAACUAAGACCUUCACGUAUGACUUCUCCUACGACUCGGGCGACUGUAAAAGCACCAACUUCGUCUCUCAAGAGAAGGUUUUUAAAGACCUGGGCUCUGUAGUCCUCAAGGCUGCGUUUGAGGGCUACAACGCCUGCAUCUUUGCCUACGGUCAGACCGGAUCUGGGAAGUCCUACACCAUGAUGGGGAAUCCGGGUGACCUCGGCCUGAUCCCUCGGUUCUGUGAGGGGCUUUUCACCCGCAUCUCUGGAAUGACCCGCGCGGACGAGGCCUCCUUCCGCACGGAGGUCAGCUACUUGGAGAUCUAUAAUGAGCGAGUGCGGGACCUGCUGCGGAGGAAGUCCACGAAAACCUACAACCUGAGAGUGCGGGAGCACCCCAAAGAUGGGCCGUAUGUAGAGGACCUGUCCAAACACCUGGUGCAGAACUACACAGACGUGGAGGAGCUGAUGGAGGCGGGCAACAUCAACCGCACCACGGCCAGCACGGGCAUGAACGACCUCAGCAGUCGCUCGCACGCCAUCUUCACCAUCAACUUCACCCAGGCGAAGUUUGAUGCGGAGAUGCCGUCGGAGACGGUCAGCAAGAUUCACCUGGUGGACCUGGCGGGCAGCGAGCGGGCGGAUGCUACCGGGGCAACGGGCGUCAGGCUGAAGGAAGGCGGCAACAUCAACAAGUCCCUGGUCACCCUGGGCAACGUCAUCUCUGCCCUAGCCGACCUGUCUCAGGACGGUGGGAACAGCAAUGUGAAGAAGCGACAGGUGUUCGUGCCGUACCGAGACUCGGUGCUCACCUGGCUGCUGAAGGACAGUCUCGGGGGUAACUCCAAGACCAUCAUGAUAGCCACUGUCUCCCCGGCCGACGUGAACUACGCCGAGACGCUAAGCACUCUGCGCUACGCUAACCGUGCUAAGAACAUCAUCAAUAAGCCCACGAUCAACGAGGACUCCAACGUCAAGCUCAUCCGCGAGCUGCGGGCCGAGAUUGCUCGUCUCAAAGCCCUGCUGGUCCAGGGGAACCAGAUCAAACUGCUGGACUCUCCCACUGCCCUGAGUAUGGAAGAGAAACUCCAUCAGAACGAAGCCAGGGUAUUGGAGCUGACCAAAGAGUGGUGCAACAAGUGGAACGAGACUCAGAACAUACUUAAGGAGGAGACCCUUGCCCUGCGUAAGGAGGGCAUCGGCGUGGUGCUGGACUCGGAGCUGCCCCACCUGAUUGGCAUCGACGACGACCUCCUCAGCACCGGCAUAAUCCUCUACCACUUAAAGGAGGGACGGACAUAUGUUGGCCGAGACGAUGCAGCCACUGAGCAGGAUAUUGUGCUGCAUGGGUUGGAUCUGGAGAGUGAGCACUGCCUGUUUGAGAACCAGAGCGGCACGGUGACGCUGGUGCCCCUCAACCAGGCCCAGUGCUCCGUCAACGGCAUGCAGGUCACCGAGCCCUGCCAGCUCAACCAGGGUGCUGUGAUCCUUUUCGGCAGGACCAACAUGUUCAGGUUUAAUCAUCCUAAAGAGGCUGCCAAACUCCGGGAGAAGAGAAAGAGUGGGCUUCUCUCCAGCUUGAGUCUGUCCAUGACUGAUCUCUCCAAGUCCUGCGAGAACCUCUCCACUGUCAUGCUGUAUAAUCCAGGUCUCUUCUCUGAAAAGGGCCCCAUCUUCCUCAGGUUGGAAUUUGAGCGGCAGCAGAGAGAGGAGCUGGAGAAACUCGAACACAAAAGGCGUCUCAUCAAGGAGAUGGAGGAGAAGCAGCGAAGCGAGAAGGCGGAGUUGGAGCGCAUGCAGCAGGAGGUGGAGUCUCAGCGGCGCGAGUCCGAGCAGGUGCAGCUGCGCAUCCGCCACCAGGAGGAGAGUCUGCGGCGACGCAGCCACGACAUCGAGAGCCGCCUCCGCGACCUGCUCGCCGAGAAGGAGCGCUUCCAGGAGGAGAGGCAGCGCGAGGGGGGAGCUAAACGACCACUACAGGAUGUCCAGGAGGACACGGAGCAAGGCCACGACAUGACGGCCAAAGAACUGCAGGAGGAGGACAAGGAGGAUGCGGAGAUGAGCGACGCCAGCGAGGAGAAGAAAGACCAGGACGAACUGGAGAGGGAGGAGAAGCCAGACGGGACGGAAAAGAUCGACAAGCAGGAAGAGGGCAGCGAAUCAGACAGCGACGACGACAACGACGACGAAACGGAGAAGAGCCUUCCUCUCUCUCACGCUCCUCUUCCUCCUCCUCCUGCUCCGGCGGAGUCUCCGGCUCAGCAGCAGCUGCAGGAGGAGCAGGGCGAGAUCGUGCGCGAGCUGGAGCGCCUGAAGCGGGAGCGCGAGCAGCAGGCGCUGCGUCUGCGUCUGGAGCGGCGGCGCCUGGAGCAGGAGGAGCGGCAGCAGGUCGGCCUGGUGGGGCGGCUGGAGGAGCAGCUGCGCGAGCGCCAGGAGGCCACCGCCGCCCUGCUGGCCCGGGACGACGCCCGGCGGCUGGCCGAGGAGCGCAGAGACCUGGCCGACAUCAGGCAGGCGCUGCUGCGUGCCAAGGAGGCCCGUCUGGAGCUCGAGGAGGAGGACGGCGACGACAGUGACAGGGAUGGAGACGACGCCAAAGGCAACCACCACAACGGCGAUGUGACCGACGCGGCGGGCCGGUCCAGGCACGGCGACGGUGGCGAUGCAGGCCCACGACGCCCGCACGCGCUACGCCAACUUCAAGCGGGCGCAGGCCGAGGAGCUGGGCCGGCAGCUGGAGGCGCUAGAGCAGCAGCGCGAGCGUCUGGUCGCCGAGGUUACCGCCGAGCGCUCCGCCCUGGGCACGCUGAUCCGCGAGCGCGCCGAGCACCAGGCCCGGGAGAAGACGGCGGCCGCGGCCGCGGGCACUGUCACUGGUACGGCGGGCACCACAGACACAUCGCUGGCACCGCGACGUCGACGUCAGCGGCCGACGCGUCCGCAGCUCAGGAGGAGGAGCACCAGCAACAGCGGUGCAGCAGGCGGAGCAGCGGCUCCUGGCCAAGGAGCGGCAGCUGGCGUGCCUGGCGGGAGUCAGCUCCGGCCCUGCUGGAGGAGAGGCAGAGGCCAGGGGGGAGGUGCUGGAGAGGGUGGAGCGCGAUGAAGGAAGUGGUGGAGGAGACGAACUCGGCCCUCUGGGGGAGGAGAGCUCGUCGGAGCAGGUGGAGAAAGACCUGGACAACACCCUCUACCAGGUGGAGAAGGAGCUGGAGGAGAACGAGGAGCGGCUGUCCCUGCACAGCGCCAGCGCGGAGCACCUGCAGCAGCUGCGCGAGACCUACGAGUUCGCGGCGCACGUGGCGCGGCAGGAGGAGAAGGUGCGGAGCAAGGAGCGCGAGAUCCUGGAGUCGCGCGAGCGGCAGCAGCGGGAGGCGCUGGAGGAGGCCGUGGCGCGCCUGCAGAGGAGGCACUCGGCCCUGCGCCGCUCCUCAUCGCUCGAGUCCUCCGCCGCCAACGAGGAGGAGAGGAGGACGCAGCAGCAGGAGGCGCAGCAGCAGCAGAAGGAGACGCAGGAGAGGGGGACGGAGACCGACCAACAGAGAGUGGAGCGUGAGAUCCGGCAGCUGAGGCAGCGUCUCAGUGAGAGUGAGGAUGGUGGGGGGCGUGGCCUGUGUCACAGCGGAGACGACAAGAGCAGCCGAAGCAGCUCCCCCGCAUCCCCCAUCCAGGGACCACUGGGGGUGCUGCCCACGGCAGA